CCCCCCCGGCAGUGCCCCGCGUGGGGAGAAGGCUGCAGAAUAACGACCCCGUUUUGCUCCAGAUCGUCCCAUCUUCCUAGGGGCCGGGGCAGGGAAAUGGCUGCGGUGGAUCCAGCUCAGAUGCUGGUGACCUUCGAGGAGGUGGCUGUGUAUUUCACCAAGGCAGAGUGGGUUCUACUGGACCCCGCUCAGAGAGCCCUCUACAGGGACGUCCUGCAGGAGAACUAUGAGACCAUGACCUCGUUGGGACUCCCCAUUCCCAAACCUGACCUGAUCGCCCGUCUGGAAGCAGGAGAAGAGCUGUGGGUCCCGGAUCUCCAGGCCUUCGAGAAAAGCAACAUCCCAAGAGGCACCUGUACAGCAGGUGAUGAGACAAUGAGUGAGAACGAGGAAGGGAAUCCACAGCAGGAAGGUCCUGAGCAAGUGGAACUGCAGGAAGACUUUCUGAGAAGAGCAGAUGGGAAUUUUUCCCCGUUCUUGGAACAGAGAAAAGCCUGGAGUAAUCGGCACAGGUCAGAGAGGAAGUUGGGAAACCACCCAAGAAAGCAAGUGCACGAAUCCUUUGAAUGUGGGGGAGGAGGCAAGGAUCCCAAGAAAACCACAACCCCACAAACAAAUCCCAAGGAAAAGAAACCUUAUAAAUGCUUGGACUGUGGAAAAAUCUUCAACUGGAUCUCAAAUCUUACUACCCAUCGGAGACUGCACACGGGAGAGAAACCAUAUAAAUGCCUUGAGUGUGGGAAAAGCUUCAGUCAGUGCUCAGGCCUUAUUAGCCAUGGGAGAACCCACACAGGAGAGGGACCAUAUAAAUGCCUUGAAUGUGGGAAAAGUUUCAGUACAUCAUCAGUCCUUAUUAUACACCAGAGAACCCACACAGGAGAGAAACCAUUUAAAUGCCUGCACUGUGGGAAAAGUUUCAGUCAGCGCUCACAUCUUACUAGCCAUGGGAGAAUCCACACAGGAGAGGGCCCACAUAAAUGCUUGUACUGUGGGAAAAGUUUCAGUGGCCCAUCAGCGCUUACUGCACAUCAGAGAACCCACACCGGGGAGAAACCUUAUAAAUGCUUGUACUGUGGGAAAAGUUUCAGUCAACACUCAAGCCUUAUUAGCCAUGGCAAAAUCCACACGGGAGAGGGACCAUAUAAAUGCCUUGAGUGUGGGAAAAGUUGCAAUGCACCAUCAGCCCUUAUUGUACAUCAGAGAACUCACACGGGAGAGAAACCCUAUAAAUGCUUGGACUGUGGGAAAAGUUUCAAUCAGCGCUCACAUCUUACUAGCCAUGGGAGGAUCCACACAGGAGAGGGACCACAUAAAUGCCUUGAGUGUGGGAAAAGUUGCAAUGCCCCAUCAGCCCUUAUUGUACAUCAGAGAACCCACACAGGAGAGAAACCCUAUAAAUGCCUUGAGUGUGGGACAAGUUUCAGUGUACCAUCAGCCCUUAUUACACAUCAGAGGACCCACACAGGAGAAAAACCCUAUAAAUGCUUGGACUGUGAUAAAAGCUUCAGUCAAAGCUCAAAUCUUACUGCCCAUCGGAGGCUGCACAUGGGAGAGAAACCCUGUACAUGCUUGGACUGUGGGAAAAGUUUCAGAGAACCAUCAGCCCUUAUUGUACAUCAGAGAACCCACAUAGGAGAGAAACCUUAUAAAUGCCUCCACUGUGAGGAAGGUUUCAGUCAGCGCUCAAACCUUAUUAGACAUCAGACAAUCCACACAAGGGAAAAACCCUAUAAAUGCUUAGAUGAUUGGGAAAGUUUCAGUCCCUGCUCAUAACUUCAUAAAAAUUGAAGAAUUCACACGGGACAGAAUCUAUAAAUGCCUCAACUGUGAAAAAAGUUUCAUUUGAAGAUCAAACCUUGCGUCACAUCAGACGAUCCGCACGAGAGAGAACCCUUGGAUGCUUGGAUUGUGGGAAAAGGUUCAAUAACUGCAAGAGGAGAUUCAGUCUGAGCUCACACAUUGUUCCUCAUCGCGUAAUUCACAGAAGAAAGAGCUUGAGUGUGGGGGAAGCUUUAUCUGCUGCUCACAUGGUAUCAAACCUCAGUAAAUCCACACAGAGAAGAGCCCUUUUAUGGGUCCUUAGCAUGGAAAACGCUUCUGUUGGAGGUAACACCACACUGGACAUCAGAGCGUCCUCCACACUGGAGGGAAAUUCCCUCAGUGCCCUGACUAGAGCUGGCCAUAGCAAAACCUCCAUUUCCUAGUUCCCACCCGCAUCGGUGGCAUUUGGCUUCCAGGUAUCUGUUAGGGCUUUUCCCCUCACCCUCUCCCCUGGUUCUUGUCUCACAGACAGAGAACAGACCAGAAGUCUGGAGUGCUGACAAGUCAAUGUUUAUUGGGAUUAGUUUCCAAGCAAGCAUAUUUCGCACCCUUCACACCAGUCAGGCUUCUCUCUAUGCGCCGAUAGAGUCUGCUCCCUGGUGUUUUGUUCCUGGCUCUGACGCCGCUGUGUCCCAAUUCCCCAGUCCCCUUCCCCCUCCUCCUUCUCAGCAGGCCCAGAUAGACCUGCGGUGCACGCCCUAGUCACACCCCUCACAACUUAUGGUCAUGUUCUGUUCUGGAGGGUCGUGAGUUGGGGUCUUCGUGCCACCACUUUUGUACCCAAGGGAGGGGUGAGGAGUGAGGUUGUGCUCCGGCAGGGGCAGGCAUUUCUUUGGUCUUUUAGUGUUUUACCUCCCCACAUCCCGCCUUCCCCUCCUGACUAGUUGCUUGACCUUGCUUUGAGAGAAAGAGUUGAGGCGGUUGUCAAGUGGGCGCUCACAUAUUACACUCCAGCUAUGCCCAGGAACACUAGUUCCAGCUCUUAGCUCUUUUCAGCCCAUCUGCUUGUGGGCAGAUGUAGCACACGGGGUCAUUGUCCUUUGUUCACCCAUAUUAGUAUAAGAUGCAAGAGUAUCAAAAAGUCAAACCCCAAAUUCUGUCUCAGGCUGACAACCAGGCUUCUGUGCUAACAGUGUCCAGCUGUCUGUCUCUGGGGGCAGGUUCCCGCAGCCGCUGUCCCGGAGCUGAUCAGGGACCCUCUGGCUUUGCCUGAUCUAAGCUAACCCCAGCAGAGGAGGAGAAGCCCCGAUCAGCCCUCUGACGGGUUGCCCUGCUGAUCUGGGUAUGCCUCCUGAUGUACUGGGGUUCCACUGAGCCUGCCCGUUCCACCAGCCAGGGCCCCCCAACCCCGGCCUGCCAAGCCAGGCUCUCCAGCCUGCUCUGUCACACCCACAGGAAGGGCCACGUCCUGCUGCAGAAAGACCCGGACGCGGAGAUUAGGUCUGCACGAUGAGACCCAGCUCAGGAAGUGCCCUGCACUCGUGUGCACACCACUGUAGGAGUGCAAACCCCAGGAGUGCACUGUCCUCCCAGCACGGCACUCACCACAGUGUUCUGUGCUCUCCACGCGUAGGAAUCACACUCGGAUUUCUUUGAUCCUGACUCAGACGCCUGAGGGCUACAGAUGAGUGUCCCCGACCUGGAGGGGGAAUUCAAAUGACCCCCAAAGCUCUGGCUCAUCCUUCAG